UUCACCUAGACCUGAUAGAAAUACACUAAUUUCACCUGCUUCAUCCUGAGAAAUGAUGAAAUACUUCAAGAUAUUUCUUCUUCAUUGUGUCAUCAUUUGUUAUAUUGGGCAAAUCAGUGGAUAUAAUAUUGAUCUUAAGAUAGCACACAAUGACAUAGAAAACCUGAGAAAAUAUUUGAAAUUAAAAGACCCAAGUGACAUUGAAGAAAAUGAAAUGUUUUCAGAGCUGCUGGAUGACUGGAAGGAGGAAGGUGAAAAGAAACUGUUAUUAAGCCAGAUUAUUCCUAUGUACCUGAAGAUGCUUGGAUCCAUAAAAUCUACAGAAGUAAAAGACAGUAUUACUAAUCUGACUCAGAUGCUUCACACAUCACAUAAAGACUAUUUGGAGAAAACUGAACAAAAAGUAAAAAGACUGAAUGAACUGAAAAAAGUUCCGAUAACAGACAUAAAAGUUCAACGUGCAGCCAUCAAAGAACUAUUGCGUGUUCUCCGAGAUGCUUCUAGUCUUGGUGGUCAAAAAUCAAACUCCAAAAAAUGCAAAAGAGAAAAUGUACGAAGAAGAAGAGGAUGUUAAUUGAAGAGUCUCUGUCACACAGUACUACCAUAAUGAAUGCUAGCUACACAAAAUUUUAUAUAUUUUUACAUAUUUAUAAUAUUUAUCUGCUUUUAAUAUAAAGCAUUUAUUUUAUUUUAAAGAAACCUAAAUUAUUUUAAUUUA